AUGAGAGCACCAGAAACACAGGAUAACUUGUGGAUCGCCGCUGGCGAUGGUCAACUUGCACGAGUCAAGGAGCUUAUUGAGGAUGGCAUGGAUGUGAAUAGCCAUGAUGAGUUUGGAUAUACAGCCAUGCACGCUGCAGUAUCGUACAACCAAAAGGAGAUCAUUGAAUACUUGCUGGAAAAGAAUGCCAAUAUCAACAUUGAAGACUUUGAAAAGGACACACCAUUAUACGUUGCUGAAUCAGCUGAAAUGGCACAAUUUCUCUUGGAUCACGGGGCUGAUGCAAACCACAAGAAUGAGGAUGGUAUCUCACCUGCCAUGAAUGCAUAUCAAGAAGGAUGGGGUGAAGUAGCAGAAUUGCUUGCUGGUGUUACAAAUGAGCAUUUACCUACCGUUUCGGAUCAAGUGGAUCAAGUAUUGGAUUCUAAUGCUGAGGGUGCUAUCACCGAUGAUAUUGGCGAUGAUGCUGACAUGGAGCGAUACGUCGAAGAAAUGAUGCGAAGGAUACAAGAACAAGGUGGUGUACAAGAUGAGGAGGAAAUACGGAAUGUUGUCACAAAGAUGAUCUUGGAUCAACUUCAAAGAAGCGCAGAGGAAUAG